AAAUGGGUUUUUAAAUGACACCUUGCCUUUCAAGAAUAUAUAGAAAGUCAAUGUUGACAGUGUCAAGUCUAGUCGUCAGAAUGCAACCCUACAGAGAGAUUAAAAGGCGUGACAUUGCAAAUUCCAUCGCUUUUAGAAUCUUACAUCAUGUUUUCUUUUACAUUGUUUACAGUUUCAGUACUUCAACGCCCCAGUGGUGCAAUUCUGGCAGAAGUCCAGUUCAGAAAUACUUGUACAGUAUAAAAUUAAAACAACAAAAAAAAAACUACUAUUCCCAGCAGGCUCCAGGGAAAGAGUUGCGAAAUAAACGAGGAUAUAUAAGAUGCCUCUCGGGCAACGUGAAGUUCAGACUGCUCGGCGAGUUUCGCAGCCGCUAGUCCUUUUUUAGGGGUAUUUUUUUUUUAAUGCAGCGUUAUUAUUAUUAUUAUUAUUAUUUUUCCUCUCCUCGGAAAGCUGAGAACAGUCCCUCUGCUGCCUUUUCUUUUCUCCGGCGCUUCCUUCCUUUUGUCCGACCAUUGCAAUGAGACCCAACGAAGCAGGGGAGGCGUCGUCCGCCUCGGAGAUGCGCUUGGACGAAUGGAAGCGAUGGGCGGCUGAAUGCAUCGACGAGUCUUCGCAGCGCCUGGGCGAGCUAAGCCGGGAGAUCUGGAGCCACCCGGAGCUGGCUUUCGAGGAGCACCAGGCUCACGCCGCCCUGACGCGCUUCUUCGCCGGCCUGCCCGUCUCCUCCUCUUCGGCCGCCUGGUCGGUGCAACGCAAUUACAAGUUAGAAACGGCCUUCCGGGCGGACUGGAAAUGGGACGGGGCGUCCUGCUCUCCCGCCGAAGCCAGCCAGGGUCUCCCGCAGCCGCCGCCGCUUCGGCUGGCCUUCCUGUGCGAGUACGACGCCCUGCCCUCCAUCGGGCACGCCUGCGGGCACAACCUCAUCGCCGAAGUGGGAGCCGCCGCCGCACUGGGCCUGAAGGGCGCCCUGGAAAGCCUUCGCCAGAGCCCCGCCGGCCUCCCUCGCCAGGCGCCCGCUGUUAAGAUCACAGUGCUGGGUACCCCUGCUGAAGAAGAUGGAGGAGGCAAAAUAGACUUAAUUAAAGCUGGAGCUUUUGAUAGUUUAGAUGUUGUUCUUAUGGCUCAUCCCUCUCAAGAAGAUGCAGCUUAUUUACCUGAUAUUGCAGAACACGAUGUGACUGUGAAAUACUAUGGAAAAACUUCUCAUGCUGCUGCUUACCCUUGGGAAGGACUAAAUGCAUUAGAUGCUGCUGUGCUUGCAUACAACAAUCUGUCCCUUUUAAGACAGCAAAUGAAACCGACAUGGAGAGUACAUGGAAUAAUAAAGAAUGGAGGUGUGAAGCCUAAUAUCAUCCCUUCUUACACUGAAUUAGAAUUUUACUUGCGUGCUCCUUCCUUAAGGGAACUCUCUACCUUAAAGGAAAAAGCAGAGAAUUGUUUUAAAGCUGCAGCUCUAGCAACUGGGUGUGAAGUGGAAUUACAAGAUAGUGAAACUGAUUUCUACAAUGUGCUUCCUAAUAAGACUCUACAAAAAAUUUACAAAGAAAAUGGCAAGAAGCUUGGCAUAGACUUCAUUUCUGAUGACAGUAUAAAUGAGUUAACAGGUUCUACUGACUUUGGAAAUGUUAGUUACGUGGUUCCUGGGAUUCACUCCUAUUUUUACAUUGGUUCUGAUGCAUUGAACCAUACUGAGCAGUAUACAACAGCUGCAGGAUCGGAAAAAGCUCAGUUCUAUGCUUUGAGAGCAGCUAAAGCUUUAGCCAUGACUGCCUUGGAUGUCAUUUUCAAGCCAGAUGUGUUGGAAAAAAUUAGAGAAGAUUUCAGAUUAACAAAACUGAAAGAAGAAGGUCAUCUGAAUGUUCCUGGAAAUGCAAAAGGACCAGAUAAUGGUAAUGGAGCAGAAUGUGCAUCACAUUGAAGUAAUGCAGCAUAUUACAACAUUAAAAAAAACUCUAUGGAAAGUCCAGGACUGAUCUAUUUCGAGGGAAUAUUUUUAAUAAUUGGAAAGACAUUGAAACCUCCAUGUAUUUUUUGCAAACAGUAUUUUUGUCUAAAAUUAUGUCAUUUGUCUUAAUUUCAGACAAAAUUACAUGGUGUAAUUCUAAUUGAGCAAAAUAUGUAUAUUAGACUUUUGAACUGUUGCAAGUGCUAGCAUUAUUUUUUUUAAAAAAAAUAUUUUAUUUCUGUAGCCAUUAUUCUAAUGUCAAGGAAAACAGGGAGCCAUGCUGUUUAUAUGGAGAGCCAGUUUGGAAUAGUGAUUAAGGUGCUGGCCUAGAAAGCAAUAUAUUGUGAGUUCUGGUCUCACCUUAAGCAUGAAAACCAGCUGGGUGACUUUGGGCCAGUCACUUUCUCUCAGCCCAACCCACCUCACAGGGUUGUUGUGGGGAAAAUAAGAGGAGUAAGUAAUAUAUGGUAUAUUCUUUGCCUUGAGUUACUUCUAAAAAAAAUAAAGAUAAAAAUCUAACAAAUAAAUAAACAUAAACAUAAUCAUCAGGAAAAUUAAUAUACUUUGUUAAAUUAUGUGUAAUUGAAUUAUGACUUUUGCAAAGGGGAAUACCAAAGGUUAAGCAUUGUUUGAAGGAUGUGCUUGUGUUUUUAAUAUUAGAAAUAACUUCUGUUCUCUUAAAUACAUUCUCAUAAAUGGAGUUUAGUUUUCAAAAUGCAACAUUUUUCAUUAUCUCUCAACUUUCCUGGAAGGCUAUUUUUAAUCACUAGAUAUUUCAUACCUGAAAUACAUUCCUAUAUUCCUGUUCUGCACAAUUUUUAAAUCAAAUGUCUCAGUAGAAUGUAUAAUAUUUAUUCAAAUAAUAGAACUGUGUAAUGUUUUGGAUUCAAUUCUAUUUUGAUGUUUUAGAGUGAAGAGUAGGGUGAAAGUAGCCUCAAAGGCUCAGUUAUGUGGACCUAGGAAAUGAUGUUAUCGCUUUAAAGAGUUGUGUGCAGGUGGAACAUUUGCAUACUUGCAUGUUCAAAAAGUGCCUUUUUGAAAUCAUACGCGAAGAACUACACAGUAUAGUACAGAAGUAACCAAGCAUAGCAAUUAAACUUGAAUCCAAGUGGGAAAAAUCUUGUGAACGUAUCUAAUUAAACAAGAAUGGGUGAUUCUCUCUAUAUUAUAGAUAAGGGCGCAAUAUAAAGCAGUAUUUUGGGUUUUUGUUUACCGUACAUUGCUUUAUAAAAUAUUCAAAAGAAAAAACAACAAAAUUUCCUCUAUUGCAUUUGCUUAAUUGUCCAUUUAAGUACUGGAAAAAUCAUUCUUUGAAAAUUAUUCCAAAAUUUAUGUUAUGGGUGCAGUACAAAGUAAAUUAGUAGACUGGAGAAUUGAUUUAUGACUGUUCCUUUGUGUGGAAAAUAGCACUUCCUUCUUCAUGUAAAGAAACAGAAUUUGAGAUUAAACUAGAGUAAUCUUUAGGCUUCUUUUUCUGCUAUAGAACACUUUGAGCCUUUCAAAAUCAUUUUAUAUGGGCAUAAAACAGUUCCUCUCCUUCAGAAGAUCAUAAUCAGUCCUCUGAAGUAUGUUGACUGAGAGCAAAUUGAGAAUCUGAAAUUCAGUAGCUGCCAUCUUGAAAUAAUAAUUUGCCAAGUAGCUAAUAGCAUGGAUUUGGCCUCUAAAGUAUUUGGAAUAAUGCUACAUUUUUUGUAUUGAUGGUGAGAAGCAAAUAAACAGGUGAGAAGUGAAUAACCAAGAAAAAAGAAAAUGUUGCUAUUUUCUAUUGCAAGGGGAUAUCCUAUGAAAGAGGAAAAUUAAUAUUCAUUGUAAAAGAGCACUUAUUAUAAAAUUCUAGAUUUUUUUUUAAAAAAAGUAUCAAGCAUUGAUUCUUUAUUCUAAGGGAUAGUUAUUUCUGAAUGUAAGGUAAUACAGAAUCUUGCCCUUACUGACAACAUUUUUAGAGUUGAUUAGUAUUUUUUUCCAUUUUAAAAAUUGGUUAAUUCUUCCCAUAUUAUAUUAACACUAUCUAGAGCUGUUCAAGGUGCUCUAGAAUACUAUAUUGCCAAACCACUCCAUUAAUUAGAUUACAAGCAUCAGUUGGAAAGUAGUCAUGUGGUCUGUUUGUUUUGUAUUGAUAUUGUCAGCCUUUGUAUUUGGUAUUUGUAAUAUUUAUAAUAACCAGUUUAGUGUAGUGGUUAAAGCAUCAGGCUAAAAACUGGUUUAUUUCCAACUUGGGUAUAAAGCCAGCUGGGUGACCUUAAUCCAGUCACUUUUUCUUAGCCCUAGGAAAGAUAAAAUGGCAAAACAUUUCUAAACAACCUUGCCAGGAAAACUGUAGGGAUUUGUCCUGUCACCAAAAAUCAGACAUGAUUGAAUAGGAGGGAAAACUAUAAUAGUGUUAGAUCAAGCCUUACAAUGCAGUUCUGUGAAUACCUACUCAGAAGGAAAUCCUAUUCAUAGAUUUUAUAUCUACUGUCUGUCUGUCUAUCAUCUAUAUCUAAAUAUCUAUAUGCGUAUAUAGUAUACAAACACUUUCACAUUGCACCUACUUAUCUAAGCAGUUUUCUCUAUAAAUAUCAAGUGUUUACUCAUUUUUCAACUGAUCCAAUUUAUUUUUAACAUCUUUGCAACUUAGAAUAAAUGUAUCUCACUCAUUUGAAUUAACAUUCUAAAUAUUGUAGCAAGUUCAACAACUGUAAAUUAUAUGGAUUUAUGAUUGAAGCAAUAUGCCUACUUUCUUAGAUGUACAUAUUCAUAUGCAAUGGAGGAAGAGACAGUAGCUAAAAAGCUCUAAAACUAUUUGAGAGUUUUGCAUGUUGAACACUGAAUUGCAUGUUAGAAGAUUUUACACCUAAACAAUAAUAAUGUAAUGUUUGUUGCCUGACAAGAUUAGGAUAUUCUUUAAAAUGAGCUGCCUUUUUAAAUUUUUCUAUUAUAUCUGACAUGCUGGAAUUUUUUUUUUAUCUUCUACAGCUGUUCUUGGAAGACAAAUCAUAAAUUAUUUGUACAACUGUGAUAUUGUAGUUGCGUAUAUAAAUGUAUUAAAGUUACAGUUCAUUGCUUUGUCUAA